GUUCCUUUCCGCAUAUUUAGAAGGCGGUGCUCUGUGGCAGAAAAGGGAUGCAGAUCCCAAUCCACCUUUUCAACCAAAUAAGCUGAAGCCUGAAGAAGCCUCCACCUACCUUCGAAGACGUCUAUAAGGGCAACAUCUGGCUUAUAAUUUAGAUCCAUCCUAUCGUUAUCAUUGAUACGCCGAGUAUGCCUCCGAUCCGAACCUCCCGCAACCGCAAACCACCUCCGGCGGGGUUCGAUGACAUCGAGGAUACACUGCUUGAGUUUAGUAACAAGAUGAAAGACGCAGAGAAUGCGCCGCAUGACGGCAAGAAAAGACAUGAGAUGCUGUGGCCAAUUUUUCAAAUAACCCAUCAACGCUCAAGAUAUAUCUACGAUUUAUAUUACGAAAAGGAAGCUAUAUCAAAGCAACUAUAUGACUGGCUUCUUAAGAACAACUAUGCGGAUGCUAACUUAAUUGCUAAAUGGAAGAAGCAAGGUUAUGAAAAGCUUUGUUGUCUCCGUUGCAUUCAAACCAAGGAAACGAAUUUUAAUGCAACAUGUAUUUGCCGCGUUCCAAAGGCCCAACUGAAAGAGGAUCAAAUGAUGCAAUGCGUUAGUUGUGGAUGUCGAGGUUGUGCCAGUAGCGAUUAGCAUUGAUCUGCCGACACUGUCCCGGGGGUUCAAGCUUGGGGGCAUAAAAAAGGAAAAGAAAAAAAGUCAGAAAUGUUCCCAUGCACAUGGUUGAAAUCGGGAUUCACGGUUGGUUUACUCUUACAAAGGCGUCCGGGUUGUAUUUGGUUUUUCUACUCCUGCUUAUCUGGAAUAUGCCCCUCUGCGCCCACAUCUCCCUUCGACUCAAUGUUCCUUCACAUAUCACUGUUUCACCCGUUCGCAAAAUGAUACCCCCACAAAGAGCUGGGCACCAUAUUGUGCUCUAGUAUCUAGUCAAACGGACACGUACUUAACCGACUAGUCUUUAAAGAAAUCCUUUGACAAAUGACUACUAAAUAUAGCUACAACCAACAAU